UCUCUUGGCGUACGCUUCAAGAUCCACCUGAAACUCGCGUUGUUUCGUGGACUCAUAGCCAACAGGUGGAACGCGCUGUAUUCUUACCUGCCAAAGUUUAAUACCUACAAAGUGUCGUUAUAUAAAUUUGGUUAUGACACACACAUUUAAUGAUUUAAGACGUUAAAAAUACAAAUACCGACCUAAAAAUAUUCAUUCCUUAAAUAAUUUUUGAAGCCCUGAUGCUCAUAAUGGAUAUGCAGACAUCGUCACAUCUUAGCCAUGGGCUCGGGACACUCUCACAUCAGCUUCAACACCGUAUUAUACACCAGCCGCAGAUUCUUCAUAGUACCCAAGAACAAACACUGAAUACAAGUACAGGCCAGCAUGAGCACGAUCACCAGCAUUUGCAACACCAUCACCUGACACAUCAACAUCAGGACGUUUCACCGACAUUACACACUUUGCAGAGCACGCCGACAGGUGAUAGCCUAAGCACUGCUAUCAACCCUAAUCAAAUUCAGCAUGAUCAUCAACAUCAUGCCGGUAGUAACGUGUAUACCUCAUCACACAUGGAAGAUAAGUCAAAAGUGAACAAAUUUGACGAAUAUUCAAACAGAGUAUUGGGCACGAUUUCUGAUACCAAUACGGCGGAAUCUGCUAACAAUUUUAUGUCACAGACCCAAGGCGUCGAAUGGAUGUCAGCAAUGAAUGAUGUGCAAAACGGGGCAGAAGACUCACACAGUUCGCAGGGCAGUAUUUCUGGCGAUGGUCAUGGAGGCGUUAAUCAACUAGGAGGCGUAUUUGUUAACGGUCGCCCACUACCCGAUGUCGUUCGUCAGCGUAUUGUGGAGCUUGCACACAAUGGUGUCCGCCCAUGUGACAUAUCACGUCAGUUACGCGUGAGCCAUGGUUGUGUGUCUAAGAUACUAUCAAGAUAUUACGAGACUGGUAGUUUUAAGGCCGGUGUUAUUGGAGGUUCCAAACCAAAAGUGGCCACCCCGCCGGUAGUAGAUGCAAUUGCCAACUAUAAGCGCGAAAACCCUACGAUGUUCGCUUGGGAGAUACGAGAUCGGCUCUUGGCAGAAGCUAUAUGCUCUCAGGAUAAUGUUCCCAGUGUUUCUUCGAUAAACCGCAUUGUAAGAAACAAGGCCGCCGAGAAGGCGAAACAUGUUCAUCAUCACCAACAGCAUCAUGUACCACAGGGUCUGGGUGGCGGACACAUUGCCACAGAAAGUCUAGAUAGCAGCACAGGAACGAUCGGCGAACCGCAGCCCCCGAGUGGUGGAACUAGCAAUAGCAGUGCUAAUUCCGCAAACCCAAACGCUUCUGCGGCGACGGUUGCGACGCACGCAUCAAUACCGACGUCAGGCUCUGAUACUGUCCAGGUUUCAGUCGGCCAAAUCAAUGCAAACAGCAAUGACACAAGCAAUGGGAAUAUUAACUCAACGACUGAGCAACGAACGACUGGAUAUAGCAUUAAUGGAAUUCUAGGUAUACAACAUGGACAGCAUUCUCACAACAAUAAUAACAACAGUAGCGUGAGCAAUAACAAUAAUACAGAUCCCACCAAUUGUAAACGUAAAAGAAUCGAAGCUCAUGACGAAAACCGUGACACAAAUAUACAUUCCGAAGAUGAUGGCAAACGGCAGCGUAUGGGAUACAGUGGCGAUCCUCUUUAUCCAAAUAUUUGGCCUGGGAAGUGGUGUAUCAAGGAUGAGCACAAGCUACUUGCCGAGCUAGGCAACUUGACAGCAGGCACCGGAAACUGUGCAUCAUCAUAUUAUGAGGCUUCAAACGGAUUUUCCACAAACUCGAUAUCUGGAUCUGGUUCGGGUCCGACGCCGUCUAGCAGUGAUACGUCUAUGUUGUACGACAGUAUUUCAACAAUUUCGCAAUCUCAAAGCUCACUUUAUACACCAACAAUUGGACCAUCAAUUGGAGGCAGUCCGCUUACACCUCUAGUCCCUAUAAGCAUGCAUGAAAUGAAACUUAGUGCGAAUUCAGUGCAGGAACAGACAAUCGCCCCGUUUUACACAGCUUUAGCAUUUGACGGAAACUACACAUCAAUGACUAGCUUGGAAAAUGACACCUCAUCAGUCGCACAAGUAAAUAUUGACGUUCCAGAAAGCACCGAUCCGGCUAACCUUUGCACGAUAAGUACAAGGAUUGUGCAAGACCACUCGGAUAAUAAUAGUAACCGUGUUAAGGAGCCGCAGCCGAACAUUGAUGGGGCCAGAGAGGAAAACAAUAAGGAAUUGGACAAACACAAUACCAAUUCGGAAUCCAGCGAUCAUAUUUCAUUGCCGCAUCUAAAUCAGAUAGCAGAAGAUCAGUUGAUCAGAGGAAACAGACGUCCUCAUUUAAACACCAUCACGCACCCUUCUCCUCUAAUACUCCUGCAGCCUUCAACUUCGUCACUUAGUGGUCACGACGAUCGAUCAGACAUUGAACCAAAUCUGCGUAAUAAUGUAGGCCUUUACUCAACACCUACAGUGCUACCAAGUUUUAAUCAUUACUCCGCAGGCUGUAGUUCAGUUGUGCCCAGCACAGAUUACGCCUACAACCCCGCCUAUACACAAUAUGGUGGCGCAUACGGAUCAUAUGGCUAUGGGGCUGGUGGGGGCUUGAUAAAUUCAUCCUACUACUACGAGAGCGGACAACCUCAGUCGACAUUGACGCCAGACCUGGUCAGGUCUCCUUUAGCUGCAACUCGGGCCAACUCCCUGGCUUCCGCUGCGUCGCCAGGAAGUGGAAGUGCGUGCACAAAAUCAGAGUCCUCAGACAUUUUUCUUGUUUAAUGUCGUUAUUUGGCAUUCGCAGCGUAAAUGGUUGUUAAAAUUAUAUUUUAUAACAAUUUGUAUUACGAAGAUUUCUUGUUCAAAAGGUUUCCUUUUAUUGUUUUUAAUUUUAAAAUCUGUUUUUGUAAAUAUUACCACCAACCUAAAAACAGAGAAAAUCAAUUAAUCCAAUUCAAAAACAAACCAGUCUCAGAAACAAAGCAGUUUCAAGCAAGUUUAAAUGAAAAGAAUUUUUAAUUUUUCUUAACCAAUUGCACAUAUAAUAAGACUUGUAACUAAAAAAAAACGUAUUAUCUUUGCUCUCCGUGUAAUAAUGGGUUUUUGCAAUAAGUAUACAUUUACAUUUUAAUAUUCUUACGUUUGUACGUACAACAAAAUCUUGAACUGACGAAAUUAUAUAAAUUGUUUAUUUAUCGGUGGUGUCACAAAAACCGUGCAGCCUUGAAUGAGGGUGAGUUUCUUGUGUGCAUCAAUAUGAACUACAGAAGAUUUCAUCAUCGCGCGAUUUCUGUGGUACCCCAUCAUUAAAAGAUUUUGUAUAUACGUAACAAUUUAUAUUCAAACUUGCAUUUAUUGAUCAAAUUAGGUUACAACUUUAGGAGGCUUAUAAAAAUAACGAAAGAAGUGAAGUAUUUGAAAUAUUACAAAAAUAGUGUACUACUCUGAUACAUACGAAACCAAAAUGUCCAUUAGGGCGAUAUUCAACCAAAAACAUUAAAACAAAAGUUUUUAAAACUUUUAAAAUAUUUAUUUCCAUUAACUUUUCGUUAUUCUUAACAUUUCAAUAAUAAUUCAUGUAAAAAUGUACAUAAUUAAAUGAUUCAUUUAACAUAUUAUUGAGCCACGAAAUGCACUCAGAAUUUAAGUUCAAAAGAAUGUGCACAAAAAUAACAUUGCUGUACAUGUACAUUGCUUAAAAUGUCCUGUAGUGUUAAAAAAAAGCACAAAGAUUCAUACAGCGCGCAUUAAGCCCCGAGCUGUAUUAAAUUAGUUUACAAAUAAUGUAUAAUGUAGCCCGAGUUGGAAUCAAUUGCAAUUUUUUGUCAAUCCUAUUUUUUAUUUUUAGGCAAAUAUAAAAUAAAUGCGUAAAAAUUUUAUAUAAUUUGUAGUAUUUUUAAAAAUAUUAUCGACUUAGUAAACUUCAUGAAAAGUCCUUUACAAAUAGAUAAACAAAUUACACAGGCCAACAGAAACAUUCUUGCAUUUGUGAAAAGAAAAUGUAAUUUUAGUAUAACUCAUAUUAUUAAUUAAAAAAAUUUAACACUUACAUAUGUAUGUUUGAAGGAAAAUAAAAAUGUCUGGUGUUCUACAUACUUAAUCAUACUAAAGUGCGAGUGCAAACCAAGCACAAAGCCUAGUUCUCCUGGCCUGUGUAAUAUACAUAUCUAAAAUUUAAAACGUUUAUUAUUUUGUUAUGGCAGAAUAUUCAAGCAAUUAAAUAUCAUACGUGGUGUUAUUUUUUUUUGAAACUCGUAUUCAAAUGCAUAUAUUCUGAUCUGAAAUACUCUAGUAGAUUUCGAAACCAACAUUUCGAUUGUAUCUGAAUUCAUUGAGCUAUGUAUUUAGGCUUAAACUAAUUUUAAAUUACAGAUUAUUAUAAGGAAGCACAAACCAAAUUUAAAUAUAUUAAGAAAUAAAUAUCUGUGUAUCUAAAUAAACCAUAAUAAGAACAAGGUUUACUUUAAUGUAAAACGUUGUAUUUAUUUUACCACCAAUUUUUUUCCUAAUAAAAUCAGAAAUCUUAACCUGAUGAAGAAAAUAUAGGUAUACUUUAAGGGGCCGCUUCAUUCUACCUGUUAUAUACUUUCUCUUUUAGUUUACAAUGGGUA